AUAAUUCAUUUGGAGCCAUCUGUUUGGCUUUUUCUUCCAAUCCCAGAAUAUGAUCUCUCUGACAUUAUAUUAGCUCUUCCUGUUUCUCAGGAUUAAGUUAAAGCCCUUUUCUCUGCAAUUUUUCCUGCAAAAAACAGAUUGGUUCUUCAUAUUCUAAAUUGGCAAAUCCUGAGAUUCCUUUGAUCCUUCUUCAAGGAUAGGCCUUGUAUCCAUUUCAAGUAGUGGAUUAAUUAUAAGCCAGUGCCUAGUAGUAGUCAGAGAUAGAGCCCUUUGGCUCCAUUUAUAGAGGUUUGAUCAGUGAAGUAAGAGGAAAUGAGUGAGUUUGGUUCAGAAAGUCCAAGGGCGUGGAAUAUAUACACAAGUUCAGAAUCACAAGCACAAGGGAAGAAUUUAGGGUCAUCGGCGAAUGCCAUUUCAUUUGGAUUUGUAGCUACAGCUAUUCUCAUAUCCAUGUUUCUUAUCAUGGCUCUCUUUGAGCAUCUCUUUAAGCCUACUUCAGAUAUCGUCGACAGUUCCUUGGAAUCAGGGCCACUUGAGAAACUUGCAGGUUCCCAAAGAGUAUCAACAACAUCAUAUGCAUCGGAUUACACUGUAUUGAUGCCAGGACAGCAAUAUCCGACCUUCAUUGCCCAGCCUGCUCCACUUCCUUGUGCAAGGGAAGCAGUUUAUUGGCCUUCCCAUGAUCAUAGUUUUGCCUUCCCCUAGGUCAAAGGACUAUCAUUGUUAUUACAUACUUAACUCUUACGAAUGAUCAAGUAGUCUCGUCCUAUCAAUGAUCUACUAUGACCGGAAAGGGAAGCCACAAAAGGAAAACUGAAUUUUGCAAUGUAGAGAAACAAAGGAAAAAUCUUUGAUGUCAACAAAACUCCCCUGGGCUGAGCUUCAAAAUUUAUCUUCAAGUUGUGCUCGCAACUGCAUGUGGAUGGCUAAGUGGUUGCGUACAAACGAAGUCCCGUCAUCACUACUGGCCUCUUGCCAACAUCAACCUGAAAGCGAGUAGCUAUAAGCAAGACUAUUCAAUAGUAUAUAUAUGGACUACAGUUCUGAAUUGGUACAUGUUUUGGCCACUGUAUCAAGCUUCCCAAAUUUCUAUCAUCUUUCCCACCCAUGUCUAAUCCAAUUGCUACUAAAACGAA